AUGCCACAACUAGACACUUCUACAUGAUUUAUUACUAUAAUUUCCUCAAUCAUUACUUUAUUUAUCCUAUUUCAACUAAAGAUUUCUACUCAAAACUUUCCCCACACACCUUCAAUAAAAACGAUACAACUUUCAAAAACAAAAAACCCCUGAGAACAAAAAUGAACGAAAACUUAUUUGCCUCUUUCAUUACCCCCACAAUAA